GGAAAUCUGGGCCGGGCGGAACCAGUCCCCGGGGCACGGUGAUCGGCGGAGGACGGAGAGGGGCGGCGCAGCGCGGCGAUGCUGCUUUUCUGUCCGACCUGUGGGAACGUCCUGAUCGUGGAGGAGGGUCAGAAGUGUUACCGGUUCGCCUGUAACACCUGCCCUUAUGUCCACAACAUCACCCGCAAAGUAACCAACAGAAAAUAUCCUAAACUGAAAGAAGUUGAUGAUGUAUUAGGUGGUGCUGCAGCUUGGGAAAAUGUUGACUCUACAGCAGAACCAUGUCCCAAAUGUGAACAUCCUCGGGCAUAUUUCAUGCAAAUACAAACCCGAUCUGCUGAUGAACCUAUGACUACAUUUUACAAGUGCUGCAAACCAGGAUGUGGACAUCGGUGGCGAGAUUAAAAUUGCUGCAUGGGAACUUUGGACUAAGGAUUGAAAGAACUCAUUUUGAGUUAUAUUGAAAUGAUUAAGCAGAAAACACUGAACUUUCAGCAAUAGUUAAGCUAUCUGUGAAUGUUUGUUUAUCCAUACUCAUUUAAGUUGUAAUUCAAGGGUAGUUUAGGUCACCUCAAUCUACAAGUAGUUUACAAUGCUUGUUUUGUUGCUCCAAUGUACAUUAAAGUGUCUUGCAUAUUACUCUCUA